AUGGGUCGCUUUCUUCAGCAUCAAAGCUUCCCACCGAUUAGACUUGACACUCUAUGUCUCCCCACAAAAAUGGGCGGUUUAGGGGUUUUGAAUCCAAAACUGCAACAAGGUGCCCUUCAGCUCCGUUGGCUUCGACCUCUGUUCCAAUCCGCUUCGUCUCCUUCUGGUCUGGUGUUGCCUUGGCUGCUAUAUCUUCUUCAGCAUUAUCUACCUGAUGUCCAUCUCCAUCUUCCUUUCAUUUUUUCUGACCUCAGACACCCUCGACUCCGAACUUAUAUCAGUCCUUUCUUUAACCUUUUUGCUGCCUGCAAUCUCUUGCCUCACGAUUUUGACUCUACUGUGAUAAAUCUACUGACUUGUCUGGACAUUCCUCUCGCCUCUGCAGUUGUGGUUCCACAUGGUCUCCCUGCUUUUCCUGCUUCUUGGCGUCACCUCCAGAUCCAGGAUGCCUAUGAGAUCAACACCACUUUGGAUAUCCUUUCUUGCCACUUACCUUCUUCCUUUCCUCAUUCACCAUGCAUCCUCCACAAAGUCCUUCAGCGGGUGGAUGAUCACUCUCUUUUCCUUCACGCAUUUGUCAUUCGUGCUUGCCUGCCUCAAAGUAUCUUGACUGAACAAUUCCCUGACUUGAUGGCUCACACGGGCACUGAGGUUGACCCUUCCACACUUCUGUCGGCCCUCUCUCCUACCUUUCCUUGGAAACGCUUGAUGUACCACACAACAUACGAACCAUCAAAUGGCGUCAACUCUGGUCUUUCAUCCUUCUACCAUUUUCUCUACGCAUGCCCACUCAAGCUUCCUCUCUGGCACACACUCUGGCUCACGCAUUUCGGCUUUUCCCCCCAAUUCUCUGACAUUCACAAUGUGCUAUACAAGUUUUCCUUCCCUCCCCCCCUUGAUCCAACUUCACAUCCUGCCUCAAUCCUUGGCUCUGUUCUUUUAGCCUUGUGGAGACAUCACUGGGCUUUCAUAUUCAAUCAAUCACCUUUUGUUGCCGCUAAUGCCACUACCACUGCCAGUUCCCUGCUUUCCCAUUUACAAUCUGAAGAAAACCUUGAUCAACGCCCUUUUUCUGUCUAA